ACCGAUCCCACACGUCCAAACCAUGCCGCUUCAGAGAGGCCUCCAGCCUAAGCUUUCUAAAGCCGUAGCAGAUAGGAACCUGCUUAUUCCUAUGCAAGAAUUGUGCCCGGCGCUGGCUAGGGUCCCUCCAGCUAAUAGAGAGUAAAUUCAGUUUUUCUCGAUCGAGAGAGCGCUUGCCAAGGCGCUAAAACGGCGCUAGAAUGCCAAGCAGGGGGCUCCGCGUCCCACAAUCUCUCGUCCUUGUAUUUUGGUUGAAUUUAUCACCACCUCUUACGUCCUGAAUCCGAUAACAAUCAUGUCUCCCUCACUUAUCGCUGUUUUCAAGAUCUUCCCCAAGGAACUUUUUCGUGUCAAUAAUGGGCGCGCCGUUCGGCUUCGAGAAUGGUCUCUGCAGAGGCAGCGUCGCUUCGACGUCCUCACGAAUUCCGGCAUGGUGCAGGCCAAAGCUCUCAAUCCUGAUACAUACACCCGUCCUAACGGCGCCUCUAUGCGACCAAACUCGGAUUUCCAGAGAAAACUGAUCCAAAAAAUUAAAGGAAAUGAGGUGGUGGUUUACUCAAUCCCUACUGAUCUCCUCCUGGUGCACGAAUAUGGAGACCAUUACUCUCUCCAAGCAGCGGAAAAUAUGCCUCUCAACGAGCUGAACAAUAAGAUUACUAGUUUCCUGGAAUCUCAUGGACGUGUCAGGAGCAAAGAAGAUUGGCUUCAGGCUUACGUUACACCUUCUGAACCCUCCAGUUCCUCGAGCGCAAUGCAGCACGCUUCCGCGUCUGCAGGAAGUACCGAAUCAAACCCAUGGGUAUGGGACGAGCAACAUCGGAAGUACAGACGCUGGGACGGUCGGAACUGGGUUUGGCAAUAGUAGGAGUCCAAUGGUUGCCGUGUAACCAAGUAAUAUUAAGACAAGUUGACAAACCAUGUAAAAUAGCUCUUCAAGCGUUUGCAACCCGAUGACUAAUGAGGCUGAAUCUACCCAGCUGAACCUGCCUACGAAACAGCUAGGUAAGCAGUUAACUAGCCAUCCAAACGUUCUCCGCGUCAUCGGCAACCG